AUGUCGCCAGCACCCACCGUGCUCUGCCCGUUGACCCUUCCGGGCCUGCUUCAUUACCUUCUCACUACACAGUCCGACACAUGUCCAACGCUGCUGAUCGUAUGCUCGAGCCGAGACGCAUUCAUCCAGGACCUUGCAAGCUCACUGCAGAAUCACGACCGUCAUGACACGCAUAGUCUAGAGCAGCUGGUCGCGCCCACUCUUCACAACUUACUCACGACACGGCAUGUCAAACUCGCCUUCUGCGCGUCUGUGCAAGCCUUGUUAGCCUACUUGACUGCAUAUGGUCGGUCUGGAACUAAUCUCGCCGACGAAGCCGACCAAAGGGAAAGGGUCGUUUUGGUGAAUCCACUCGCUCUACAUGCGCCCACGUCUUUCUUCUCAGCUCAAGGCCUGUCUAGAUGCUUUGCGGCAGCGGCCGAGGUUGCGCUCAAACCCGGUGUAACGCUUCAUAUUGUCGAGUGUGAGGGAAAGCGCGGGCAUCCGGACGAGCACAAUGACGAGGACGCAGACAUGGAAAAUGAUCCCCCAGAGCCCUCCGCUGAAGCGCAGACCCAAGAUCCAUGGGAGCAGGAAAUCUCCAUCUUGAAUGUAUCAGCCCGCAGAUUCGGAUCUGGCAGCGGCGAGCGAGCUUGGGCAGGUCGCACCACUGGGGCCAAGUGGAUAGCAGCAAGGUGGUUUCUCUUCCACAGCCUCGAGAAUCAACAACCACACGCAGACCAAGGGUGA